CCCAUUAGGUGAUGUCCGUCGAAGAAGUCGAACGGAUUAUGGAUGAAACCCAAGAUGCCAUCGAGUACCAAAGGCAAAUAGACGACAUGUUGGCCGGGUCUCUCUCCCAAGAAGACGAGGACGCCGUGCUGGCGGAGCUGGAGGCCAUCACCCAGGGAGACGUCGAGCUUCCCGAGGUUCCCGAAGACGAGCUUCCAGACGUCCCGGAGGCCGGCGAGGAGAAACCAGAGACGGAGCGUCCCCGGAAGCAGCAGCAGCAGCAGCGAGAGAUGCUCGCCGUGUAGCCGCUGGAGCGUCUCCUCCUCAACGCUCGAGUCCCACACGGAGACGCAGCCACUCAGACAUUUACUGGAGAUCCCUGUGAUGCAGCGCCCCCCCCCCCACCCCAUUCACACCCCCACCCAGACACUGGACUUCCUCCAUCUCAUCCAGC